GUAGUUUUUUUUCUUCUUAAACAUACAAAUCAAUGUCGGAGUCUAUGAGCUGCUGCAAGUGUUGCCUGAGCUUCAUUUUCUCAGUGGGACUCACCGCUCUCUUCUUGUGGCUUAGCUUGCGUCCUUCCCCACCCACCUUCUCCAUCCAAAACUUUUAUGUCCCUGCCCUAAACACCACCACCACCGGCGGCGGCACCACCGUAGCCAUCGAUUUCAUAAUCGACAACUCCAACAAGUUCAAGGGAAUUUACUACGAUGACCUAAACAUCACUCUUUAUUACGCCCCAAACCUAAACAGCUUCCCCGUUGGAAACGGUUCCAUUACGGGGUUCUAUCAGGGACAUAAGAAGAAGGCCAACAAGAAGACAACCCUUCAGGAAGUGAAGAUUCCUUGGGCAGCGGCGGUGAAGACGGUUUCGUCGAACGGAACGGUGAGUUUUAGGGUGGAUUUGGCGACGAAAGUGAGGUAUAAGAUCGUUAGUCGGAAGACCAGACGACACAAGAUUAAGGUACAGGGUGAUGUCAGUGUCGACAAGCAGGGAAAGAAAACCCACAAGAAAUCGAUUAAGCUGAAAUCUGCCGCGCACGGCGGCGGCCGGCACUGCUUUUAUAGGGUUAUGGCUUCUCUCUUUGUUUUGUUUAUUUCGGAUUCUUUUGGUGUACGAUAG